GCACGGUAUAUCGUUAAGAUUAACUGUUUAGACAGAUCAUUUAUACUAGAAGGAAUCAUGAUGUAUUCGUAUUCAGUAUUCAGUAUCGGAAGAACGACAAAUUGUGUGCAGCACUUAUUAAAACGCGUAUAUGUCAGAUUACCACAACAGAUUUCAGCUUUACACACACAACCACCUGUUUUUCAAACAAACCGAUGUCCUUCGUCUAAGUGGACAUUUUAUCACACUCAAUCGCUCUACACAGGAGUUCAUUUCUGUAGUAAGAACGAUGGGCAGAAGGACACUGACCAGGUGUCAGUUUCCAGAAGUUCACACACACCUCCAGCACACAAAGUCAAACAAGCAGGCAAAGAUUUCACCUAUUUGAUUGUGGUGUUCAUUGGACUCGGUGUAACAGGUGGACUGCUGUAUGUGGUCUUUCAAGAGCUGUUUUCCUCUUCAAGCCCAAGCAAAAUUUAUGGAAAAGCUUUUGAGAGGUGCAGAACUCACCCAGAGGUAAUUGGAGCUUUUGGAGAGCCCAUCAAAGGCUAUGGUGAAACCAGUCUGCGUGGAAGAAGACAACAAGUCAGUCAUGUCGAGUACAUGAAGGAUGGACUCAAGUACAUGCGGCUGAAAUUUUACAUUGAGGGAUCUGAAUCAGGAUUACGGGGAACUGUUCAUUCUGAAUCAAAGGAGAAUCCUGAGACUGGAAAAUAUGAAUUCAGGUAUAUCUUUGUAGACAUAGACACAUAUCCCAGGAGGACAAUCGUCAUUGAAGACAACAGAUAAAAUUAGUUUUAACACUGUUAUGCAGUAUUGGUAAUUUCAAUAGCAGUGGAUCGGUUUGAAUUUUGUUGUAUUGAUCUUCCACAGAUUAGUCUACAUAAACUUGUGAUGAUCUGGAUAUUUGGACAUGAGAGCACUUGUACAGAAACAUCUGAUAUUUUGUACAAGGAUUUG